AAUUUUCAAUCCAUAUACAUACAUAUGGUAAAAUUAUGGAAUACAUGUAGCUACUUAUAAACAAAACCUACUACAAAGACUCAACAGUGAAUUUCGUGUCACCGGGUCAGUUUUAUUCUAAAAUUUUCAAGCGUUCUCGUAUAUAUUCAAUAUCAACAGCUCCACAUUAAACUUGUUAUGUGUAGCAUUUUAACUGUAUUUAUAUUGAGCUAUUGACAUGAAUCCACGUAUCAGAAGCGAGGCGCUUAAACGUCAAGUUCAUUAGUGCCUAGUGGUCAGCCUCGGUAGUUAGUUGUUAUUAUACUAGUGUUAGUUUAAGUUUUUAGGUUAAGUUGAAGAUAAUUCACGGUUAUCUCAUACUUUAUCAUUUAAAGUAGUUUAGUUUCGAUUGUGAUCAUGUAUGUGCAAUUAUAAGAAUUACGGGUAAUACUUUUUAUAUUUAAUAAUAAAGUAUUAAGCGUAUCUCGUUUUAGAAUCGUGAAAAUAAUGCAGUACUAGAACACUUGUCUGCAUUUAAAAAACCAUAGCGAAUCGUAAGCUAUUGUAAUCUCCAGGCUGAUAAGAGUAAUAACAAUUUAACGAACCGCAAAAUUGUAGUUACAAUCGAGCAGCCGCGGUACACAGCAACGAGUGAUUAUUAUUUGUUUACUAACACUGCUGUAUAAAAUGAGCGGAAAUAAUGACGAGGUGCCGAUAAUAAAUAUCCCGUCGGGAGAACGCAUUGAAAAGUUAAGUGAACAGUUUUAUAAUGAAUUUGGAAGUCAACCAGAUUUUUUAGCACGAGUUCCUGGCAGAGUUAAUUUAAUUGGCGAACAUAUUGAUUAUUGCGGUUAUCCAGUGUUGCCUAUGGCUUUAGAACAAGAUAUAAUAGUGGCAGCGGGUUGUAUAAAAGAACAUAAAAUAUAUCUACGUAAUACGAACUGUAAAUAUGAUAAUAUUGAUUUCGAAAUAAAACCACACAGUGAAAUGGUAAUAGAAGGUUUGGGCUCGGAUGGAAAACCGUUUUGGUAUAAUUACGUAUUUUGUGGAAUAAAAGGAGCUCUGGAGCAUUUGGAUAAUAAAGUUAUUAAUGGUCUCAAACUCUUUAUAGACGGAAACAUUCCGCCAGCCUCUGGCUUAUCAAGUUCUUCAGCUUUAGUAAGUGCUGCGUGUUUAGCAUUUUUAUAUGCUCAAAAAGCUGUAUUAAAUAAAACUGAAAUUGCUUCACUUUGUGCCAAAUGUGAAAGGUACAUCGGAACGCAGGGAGGUGGUAUGGAUCAGGCGAUAGCAUUCUUGGCAGAAAAGUAUUGCGCUCAAUAUAUAACUUGGAACCCAUUAAAGGCUACAAAAGUGAUGUUACCUGAAGAUGCUUCUUUCGUUGUAGCCCAUAGUUUAGCUGAAGUAAACAAAGCAGCUUCUAAUGACUACAAUAAAAGGGUUAUAGAAUGUAGGCUAGCUGCUAAAAUUUUAACUCUAGAUUCGCAUACGAAAAUCGAUCAUAAUAUAGUCACUUUAAGUCAAGUACAGAAAUUGUUAAACAAAAGCUUAGAAGACAUGGUAAUCCUUGUGCACAAUCGAUUACCAAAAGAAAUUUAUGUAAAAAAUGAAUUAUGUGAAAUGUUAAAUAUUACUGAGGAUGAAAUGAAUAAAUUUUAUUUAACUCCAAAUACGAUACAUUUAAAAGAGUUUAAACUAAAGCAAAGAGCUUUGCAUGUAUAUGGAGAGGCUAUAAGAGUUGAAGCCUUUCGAGGGAUUUGCUCGCAAUCUUCUUUGAACGGAAAAAGCAAUGGUUCUACUAAUGGCGCGAAUACAUUUUUAAUAGACGGUGACAAAAACGAUGUUUUAAGUAAUCUAGGGAAGUUAAUGUCGAAAAGCCACGGGAGCUUAAAAAAAUUAUAUGAAUGCUCUCAUGAAAAUUUAGAUCUCUUGGUAGAUAUAUCUGAAAAGUUAAAUGUCCAUUCAAGAUUGACAGGUGCUGGAUGGGGUGGUUGUAUUGUAGCUCUAUGCUCAAAAGAGAAAGUGAAAGAAUAUAUUGAAAAAUUAGAAGAUGAAUUUUACGUUAAGCACUGUAAAAUUGAAAAAGCUAAAGCAAAGUCAUUUGUAUUUGCCACUAGUCCUAAUUACGGGGCCGUAAUUUACACAAAAAUAUAAUGUUUUUUAAGCACAUUCUUGUUUAUUCGGAAUAUACUAUUUUUUAUUGUUUAUUUUUUUAUAGAUUAAUGUUAUUCUUGUCAUUAGUUUAUUAAUGUCAAUCACUGAAAAAUACAUAUUUAAAUAGUUACCUUUGCCAUAAGGCCUUUGUACAACAUACAAGCUAUAUUAAGCUACUUAUAAAAAUUUAUUAAGUAUAUCAUUCUCUUAUAUUUCUCUUGUAAUUUUGUAUUCAUCUGAAAUACUUUGAUUUUUUUAUAGAGUAAAUAGCUAUAGACUUAAAAAUAUUAUAAAAAUAGUAAUAGUAUUAGAGAGCAUUUUAUUCCCAUACCUCCAUUAGAUUUAUUAUAUUAUUUC